AUGACAGACGACAUGACAGUUAAGAUUGGUGGAACAUUAUACUACAUUAAUGAAGAGUCACAAAUUGGUCCUGCUAUAAGUGUAAAAAGUACUACGAGUUCUUCAAGACACAUUAACAUUGAAAUGAAUGAUCAGACAUAUUCUGAUAAUAAGAGAAAGCUUAUUUUGGUCAGAAAUGGUCAGCAAAAUUUAUCUGCAAUAGCAUACUUAAAUGGACAAUUUGUUGAUUCAAUUGAUGGCAGUAAAUAUAUUCCUACUCCAGCUGCAACCCCAAUGUAUACUCCAUUGCCAACUUAUAAAUACAGAGUAUCCCCAACUGAAAGUUCAAAAAAGGGCUUGACAAGUAAAUCGAAAGGAUUGCUUGUAGUAGGCAUAUUCAUUGGCGUCUUUGUUAUAAUCUCAGUUAUAGCGAUCUAUUUCACAUUUAAGAAGAAGAAACAAUCAAAGAGCUCAUCAUCUUCAUCAUCAAAGAGAAAGAAUCCAACAAAUGCAUCAAUACUUUCUGACUUCCAACAACAGCAAGAACCAUAUCCACAAGCGGCAUAUUCUUAUCAGCCGCAGCCAUAUCAGCAACCACCUCCACAGGUGCCAUACCAGCAACCACCUCCACAGGCGCCAUAUUAUCCACCACCCCAACAGCCACAGCAGUCGAUAUCACCUUAUCAACCUUAUGAGUAA